GGAGCUCUGUGUUCGGAUUGGUAGGAAGGAGGCGUCAGAAUGGGUGUGUGGCGGGAGGAGGAGGAGGGUUGGAAGCUGUAGGGGUUCCUUUCAGUGUGAGUCCAGUGCGUAAAGAGCGCAGAGAGGCUCAGCGGAAAGAGUCUGAGAGUGUGCCGCUUUCCACCACCUCCUGGAUUACUGUUUCAUCUCCGUCCGACCAGACACGCUCUAUCAAUGAAGCUUGGUUCUUAUCCGUGAUUUCUUCGCCAUGAGCUGCCUGGAUGUGAUGUACCAAGUGUUUGGUCCUCAGCCUUAUUUCAGCUCCUACAGCCCCUAUCACCACCAGAAGUUGGCCUUGUAUUCCAAAAUGCAAGACCACCAGGACAGCGGCAGCCGGCUUGCCCCGGCGAUCAAAGAGGAGGACAAGGAGCUGCCGCCCGGUGCCGAGUACCUGAGUUCCCGCUGUGUCCUCUUCACUUACUUCCAGGGCGAUAUCAGCGCGGUGGUGGAUGAACACUUCAGCCGAGCUCUCAGCCAGACGAGUGCAUACCCCGCGUCGAGCAGCCACAAGGCCGUAAGAGAUGGAUCCUUUCCUAUGAGCCAGAGAAGUUUCCCUCCGUCUUUCUGGAACAGUUCCUACCAGCCGUCAGUCUCGUCCACACUGGGCAGCGCUCUGUCGGCUCCCCACACAGAGCUCUCCUUUCCAGGUGACCCUUACUCCUCUGCCUCCCUGCACAGCCACCUCCACCAGCCCAGCCCCGAUGCCUGGCACCCAUCCCACCACCACCACCAUCACCACCAUCACCCUUACUCGCUAGGAGGUGCUAUAAGCACCCAGAGCUCAGCUUAUCCACGUCCAGGUGUUCACGAGAUGUACGGCACAGCGUUUGACCCGCGUUACGGCUCGCUGCUGGUGCCGUCAGUGAGGUCGCACCACCGCCUGACAUCCGGCAGCUCGGUACCGGGGCCCAGUGGCUCUCCCUGUGACCUCGGGGGUAAAGGGGAAUCGGGGACGGGGUCGGCCUGGAGCGGUGCCUUCACGGGGGCAGGAACAGAGAUUGGACUGAACAUGGACACAGGUCUGCCGGCACAGGAUAAGAGCAAGGAUUUGUAUUGGUUUUAGAGACCACUGAGACCCCCCUCCCCCCUCUUCUUGUCUACUACUUCGGCUGUAGCCGCUUUCCUGCACUCCUGCUCUACUCUACUGCUGUUAUGGGAUGACUGACAGAAAAACUGACAGAUAGACAAAAACAGUGAGGCAGCAGUUUUUUUUUUCCUGCUGUAACGGCUUCUGGUUUACUUGCAGCUCUGUGUUACGGCGGACUGUGCAGCAGCAGUGCAGCCCUGCUGAGCUGAACGGCAACAGUGUGGAUACACAGCGAACAUGGAAACAAAAGCGGACUCGCAGAGGGGAGAGAGAGAAAAUAUGAUCUUGAUGGAUAUGGACAAAGACAAGACUCUUUGUGCUUCUGUAACAGGCAGGGACAACAUUCCUAAAGUGGAAAAAGUCUUUGGACAGACGGACAGAGACACAUGUGCUGUCGGACUCCAAAGACUAGCGCCUGAAAGGACUUGGCAGGACUUGCCUCACUGGGGCAACUGGGCUCAGACACUAGGAGUGUGUUAUGGCUGGAGGAAAGGCCACGCUGGUGUCAAGGAGGCAGCACAGCAAGAUUUUGGCAGACAGCGAAGGGAGGAGGACAAACUUUUUGGGUUUACAUGGAGUAAUGUUUCAUCCGGCACAACACAGUACACAUUAAAUGUAACCUGAAUGAAUGAAUUUCAACUGAUAUCAAUAGAUAUUUAAGCCAUGAUUACAGCUUCAAACCUUAGAAAUUUAAAGAGACAUAUUUUUCCUGGCUUGUAGCGCUAAAUAUCCAUCUUAACUGUUUUGAUGUGAGAUGCCCAGUUUUUUAUACAUCAGCUGCCUUCUCCAGAAUAAAAUUGCACUAAGUGACACUUGUGGUGUUUAAAGUGGCAGACAUAGCAGCAGUAUGUCAUUCCAGAAAAAAAUAGCACAUCAUAUUUUUUUUUAAAUCCACCAUCUAGAACUAUUUCCUCUCUGCUGAAUUCAGGCCCUGUCUUUUCUUAGUUUUUUUCUCCAUGUGCCACAUGGAAACUAUGUCCAGCAGGUGUAGCUUGGCAUGAAAAAAAAAAAAAAAAAACAGGCUUCUGGGUCAUGAUUUAUAGAAGGAGACACAAUUGCAGUUUUUUUAAAAUCCACAUUAUUGGUGCUUUGAACACCACAAGAUGAAUGCUGUGUAGUUCCACUGACUUCAAGAGAAAGGCAGCUAGUAUCUCCAAAACUGGGAAAAUAUGGGAAAAUGUGUAUAUUUGAGGUUCCUUUAAGCAUGCUCAUACUUUUUAAAGAUGAAGCAAACUGUUGUCUCAUAUGGCACCGUGCAAAGUUAGGCCUCAGUAACACAGACCUAAAGAUCAAUCAGUAACCCCCGGCAACCUCUAGUCAUGAGGGACAAAUGUGGAUUCAUUGAGCCAUUGGUGAAUGGUUGCUUGUGGUUGGUGGCCGCCAGGUAAAUCGGUUGCCCGGAGAUGCUGACUCAUCUGCAAAGACUUGCCAUUCACUCGCCAGGAUGUUGUGAAACUUAAUAGUGUGAAGCUGGAACUGCCUUCAAAGUAAAAGUGCCUUACUGCUGAAACCAACGCAUUUCAAAUGGCACAGUUUUUACUUUAAGGGCCAAAGGUCUCCAUUUCAAAUUUGCAUCGCAGUUUUGACAGUUUCACUUUGCUUUUUGAGUAGUCGGCGAGUGUUAACAGACAAGUCAGCAUGACUGAGGAAAUCUGCUUUUGACUGAAGCAAUCGCAAGGAAGUUUUAGUGCUGCACUGUAUGUCUCCAUGCAACCAUUUUGACAUUACCAACCUCAAGAAACCAGCUUUCAAUCAGAAUGCACACGUCAGCGUAGCUAACCAGAUGUCACCGCUUGGCGUCUAGGGCUGUGUGACUGAGGAUUUAAUAUAUAUGACAAUACCACAACAAAGAUGUUGGCAAACAAAUCAAUGUCUUUACAAAAUAUUUUGUUUUUCUUUACAUUUUUUUAUGGUUAAUAACUGUGGCAAUGACUAACGGAAUAGGAAUGCAGACUUUGUUGCCUUUGAGUGCAGCAGAUACACAGGCUGUUAGCUCGGUAAGCAUAGAUUUGGUGAUUCCAAAACAUCUCAAGUGCAUUUGGUUUAAAAUUUAAACUGUUUUCAUCAAGGUUACUGCAGGAGCAGUACAUGUUGUAUUACAUGCUGAAAUUAUUACACCAAUUAUACUGCACCGUUUUGCUGCCUUUCUGUUUUAUUUGUGUUUAUACUGAAAAUCUCAAGGUUCAGGAACUUGUGAUUUUUAAAAAUCCCAAGUUCCUGUUUUCUUGGCAUAUUAAGCACAUUGUUGGCCCUGACAGAAAAACCUCUUCCACCAACAUGUCAACAGGUCAACAGGUCUCUAAACAUUUUAUUUGUAGUCCAAAUUAAAUCACACUUUAGGAUAAUCAUCACACUUUCAAACUUCACCAAAUCAUCAAAUCAGUGCUUGCUUGAAAACACUGCCAACUGCUUCUUCUUGGUCAUAACCCAAACACAAAUAACCCAAAAUACACUAUUAAAGGGGACCUAUUAUUGCUUUUUUUUUUUUUUUUAACUAUUUUUGGUCAUUCACAAUAAUUCACACAAUUUGUUUCUUUAUGUUAUGCAAGGAAAAUUGGAAAUAGGAGCAGUAUAGUGGAGCAUGUGCAGACACAAAUGUAAAGUUUGUCCAAUAUGAAACAGCUUGAAAGUCAAUAUUUGGUAUGACCACCUUUAUUCUUCGAUAUAGACUGAACUCUUUUAGGCAGUUUUCUUGUUAUUUCUUGAAGUAGUCUUUAAGGAUAGUUCUCCAGGCUUCUUGAAGGAUAUUCAGAACUCUUCUUUGGAUGUUGGGUGCCUUUUGUCACGAUGAACAACGAUGUGAUGCUCUAUUCGGGUGUGUUUUCUGUGCAUUGGCACACCUGAAUAGAAGCCAUUGCCAAUCAAAUGCUUUCCAGAUGGUGUUGCAUGGUGUGUCAAAAUCCAAUAGUACUUUUCCGUGAUUAUAAUUCCAUCAAUUUCGAUAAGAUCACCAACACCACUGGUUAAUAUGGAGCCUCAAACCAUGACAAAGCCUCCACCAUGUUCCUCAGAUUGCAGGAGACACUAAAACUAUUUGAACCAAAACUUUAACAUUUUGAUUCAUCACUCCAUAAGAACUGUUGCCAGUGAUUUUCAGCUAUGUUCAUUACAUCAACCCUUUCUCCCUGUUUCCCUUCCAUAAGAGUGGCUUCUUGACAUCCACUCUUCCCCUGAGACAGUUUCUAAUGAAGCUUCAGCAAACAACAGAUGGAUCAGCUGAAGGGCCAGAUUCAUCUGGAUUUUUUUCCUUAAAUUUCUUAAAGACAUGAUUUUUUGAUACUCUGUUGGCUAUAUAGAUAUUUUUUUAGACCUUCCACUUCUUCUUUUGUCCUUCAUUUGUCAAGUUUCUUCAAUUUUGUUUAAGACAGUGCACAUCAUGGCAGGAGAUUUAAAUUGUUGAGCUAGUAGGUCUGGGAAUCACCUUGUUGGUGCAAAAAUAUGAUUUUAUUCCUUUUAAACUGUUUCUGUUUCAAUCUUUGGUGUUUUUCAUAGAUGCAGCUAUAGGAAUGUGCUUCUGCAGCAGCUUGCUACUAGCAAGUGCCUACUGUUAGGUAUACAAUUUAAAACUGGUUCUUUGCUAGGUUGUUACUGUAGACACAACAGUUGUUAAUGCUUUGAGUUAGGUGCCUUUUUAUACUUGAACGAUUUAAGGGUCCUCUGAAAAUGGUCAGGUACAAGGACUGGACUAAAAAUGAAAGAAAAAGCAGGAAAAUGUCCAAAGAAAACAGUGAUUCAUGCAAAGCUACUCUGGUAGAGUCCAAGAAUGAAAGAUCUGAGCUGUAAAUAAGCAUGAUAGGUCCCCUUUACACAAUGAUAACUCAUGUCAGUCAGUAAAAUAUACUGUAAAAUGGUGAUACGUUUACAGGUUAACUGAGACAUUUGCUUUAGGUUGAAAAACCACUCAAAGUGGUUUAAAGCAUGUUGCCAUGGUGAAUAUUUAAUGUAAAACUACCUGAUGGGUCAAACUGCAUAACCAGAGCCUUUUAACUAGCGCUGAUAGACUAAAGGAGGGACAUUUCUACGACGGCGGCAGAUUGACCUCUGAACUUCACUGCAGAGUGGACUGUGCUUACCUCUUUGUUAUGAGCAUUUUAUGAACCUGUAUGGCUGUGUCAGCAAAAGAAAUGUGAACUUCACACGAAUGGCUGCUGAGUGAGAGAGAGAGAGAGAGAGUGGCGAGGUCUUUCAGAUGAAUGAGGAGAACGUCGGCUAUUUGAGGCCACUUGACUCUUUCUCUCCCUCCUCUCAUGCAGCUGUCAUCGACAACUGCUCUUCAACUCAGCGAACACACACAUGGCCGCACACUGUCCUACUGUGCAGUGUCCGAGCCAGGCCCACGGACUCGAUAAAGGGAGCAUUUAGUGUGAGCAGAGUCCCGCCCUACUGGGACAACUGGUGGGAUGUAAGUGGAGGGAACAGAGGACGAACACACAACUGUCAAAAGUGAUUUUUGAGUGUGGAUGUAUGUACAGGCGUGUGUCUAUUUCUAUACUUACAAGGGUCACAAUAUCCAGCCAGCCUAAAAACUGACAACAAUUCAGGCAUCAUUUUGUCGUUUGCACUCUGCUAAUUGUAAGAUGAGGAUUAUGCAUAGGAUUAUACUAAAGGUUGAGGAUAAAUGGCAUUAUUUUAUCUGGGUUUAAGUGAAUUUGCUUACAGAAAUACUGUGUGUGAAUGUACAGCCUGAUAUAGCUUCUGUCUCCUGUCUUUGAUUUUCAUUGUCCAAGUUACACAUGAGACAAUUUGCUUAAAUGUAGUGAACAUGGCUUUGGUAGUGAAGUGUGUUUCUGUCCUGCAUGGUCCACAGGAAGUAUCUGGUUACACUGGAAAGUGGAACAGAAAACUUGUUUUGGGCCUUCUCUCAAACAAAAGCUAACAGAAACUGGUGGCAGUCUCCUGAAAAGGUGAAGUUUGCAGUUGGUCGAGAGCAUAAAUUUGUAUAGUUAACCGAAAUUAAAACUGACCAAAGAAUCAUAAACCAUUUCAGUGUAACCACAUCAAAGGGAUUACACUGAAAAUAAGCUAUGCGAGGCUGCAUUUUUAAAAUUCUUCUCUUUGAUAGUUCAAAAAAGAUUUCAUAUGUUUUUCCUUAUUUUCUGUUAUAUAUACAUACAGUUUAAAUUAGGAGUGUUCACAUUCACCAAGGCCUGUGGAUGAAAUAAUGAGGUCAGCAUACGAACAAGUAACAAGAAGCCUUAGCCAAAAUCCCAGGCUUCAGUUUCAGUUUUUUUUCUUCUCCUGGCUCCGUAUGAGGUCAAAAAGAUUGGAUAUCGCUAAUGUGGCCAUCUGCUAUUAAACCUUAAUGUUUAAAAGAAGCAGCGAAGAGUAAAAAUGGACAAAUUGGCUUGUUUUAGACAGAGGAUCAACUGAGGGACUUAAGCAGGGCCAGCAUAACAUAAAUAAGGACUGUUUUAAACUACAAAGCUAUUCUAGUAGAGCGCUUAUGCUUCUCAGUCAGUGGCUCAUUCAUUAGCUUCUUGACUUCCAGCUGAAUUUCUUUCACAGUUAUAGAUGUUCAGCUGGGAAAGUUUUACGGGACACUUUCCACCUUGAAUUCACUGAUUCCUCCAUGCCAUUUGAAACCACCCCGGCCUCCUCAUUAUGUGCUCUUGGCAUUGUUGACUUAGCGUGGUUCUCAAAUUUUUCUGAGAUGCCCUCCUUGAAAAGCUAAGAAACACUCCCCCAGUCUUCUCUCUCCAGCUCUGCAAAUUUUAUCGCUAAUCUACAACGACGGGGCACAACAAAUAAAAAAAUCAUGUUAAAUUUGACAGACAACAUACUAGUAACAUAAAGUAAAUAUUUAUUAAGGUAGGAGAAAGUUUGUUCCUGCUGAUACUUAGCUAGAUCACAGCUUUUUUUCAUCUGUCCAGCCACAUUCGGUACUGUAGGUCUUGUCUAAAUUCACUUAUUAUUUUGGAUUUUUGUUUUUUUAAUAAACACAAAACAACUUUUCUUGAAUGUGCCACGCUUUUUUUUAACCAACUGUUUUUGGCUGUCAUACUUCCUGGAAGAAGGAUGCAAUUUUACACCUUGUUUUGACCUUGUUUUUAUUAACAACAGCAAAAUAAAGCAUUUGUCAGGCCAGUAAUGCAUUUAAAACAAGUCCUUACAAGGAUAGCACUGCGUUAUUUUGCAUCGUGUGUAUCUGUGUACGUCUGAAGUGACCACCUCUGCAGCCAUUUAUGUGAAACUGUGAAAUGCUACUCUGUCAUUUUGUAAAAUACCGUUUUCCGGGUACAUUCUGUAAAUCAACAGCAUGCAGCAGUGUUCUCUGUGAAUAUAUUGAUAUAUGACCUGAAGUAUUGUUUCUGUCAAUCUUGCUCCAGUGUAAAGUCUUUGUUUGUAUUUGCUUUCUGCCUGUAACUGUAAAGUGACAGCUCUGUCAGGUUCAAAGAUGUAUUGGCUCUCUCCUCAGUGACUGCUGCUCUGUUAUUUUCUGCAAGCAGUGAAAUGCCAAAAAGGUUUGAACAGAGUAAAUAAAACACUGUUCAACGUUA